AUCAAUCAUGAAUAUAAUGCAUUUUCAGUAUGCAUUCUUUCUCCUACUACCCCUGCUUCAGCUUCCAUAUUUUGGUUCUUCUUCCACCAAUAUUACCACCGACCAGUCUGCCCUUCUUGCCAUUAAAUCCCAUAUUCUGGACCCUCACAACAUCUUGCUCUCCAACUGGUCCACCGCCACCCCCGUUUGUGACUGGAUCGGAGUUUUCUGUAACACUCACAAAAGAGUCUCCGUCCUUGACCUCUCCUCUAAAGGCCUCGCCGGCUCCCUGCCCUCCCAAAUAGGGAACCUCUCCUUCCUAGUUGAACUCGACCUCCGAAACAAUAGCUUCUCAGGUCAUCUCCCGGAGGAGCUGUCUAAACUGCGACGCCUGAAACACCUUGAUGCCGGCUACAACAACUUCGUCGGCGACAUUCCGGCGUGGUUGGGGUCCUUGAAGAAGCUCAAAUUCCUGGGCCUCCAUGGCUGCAGAUUCUCAGGCGCCCUUCCUGUUUCUUUAUCAAACUUAACUGAGCUAGAGCACUUGAAUCUACAUGACAAUGGUGCUAUUGCCGGAAACGUUCCAAAUGAGUACAGUAGUCUACGCAAGAUGAAGUAUUUCAACCUGUACUCUAAUGGACUCUCUGGCUCGUUUCCACCCUGCGUGCUUAACUUCUCAAUGCUGCAAAUUUUGGAUUUUACUAAUAACUCCAUAUCUGGACACAUUCCACUGGAUAUCUGCUCUCAUCUACCUUCAAUUUCUGGGAUUUAUCUAUCCUACAAUCAGUUGAAGGGAAAAAUAUUUUCUUCAAAUAUCAGUGGAUGUUCAAGGCUUUCAGAUCUUUCUUUGUCAGUCAAUAAGCUGGAGGGUCCAAUUCCCAGAAAUUUUGGAAACUUAACAUCCCUUCGAAACUUAUAUCUGGGGUACAACAAUUUGAUGGGAGAAAUUCCUGACACAAUAGGGAAUCUUCGGCAAUUGGAGUUUCUAAACAUAGCGAAUGCCAACUUAUUUGGGACAAUACCGCUAGAAAUGGGUGACCUUAACAAUUUGCACCUGCUAGAUCUAGGUGAAAACAACUUAAUAGGUUCUAUCCCAUCAAGAAUAUUCAACAUAUCAGAGUUAUCCAUAGUGUCACUUGAACAAAAUAAUUUGACAGGGAAGUUACAGUCAAGUGUGAAGAUGAGUGUACCAAAUCUAAUAGAGAUAUCUAUUGAUUUGAAUAAACUGAGUGGAAAUAUACCGUCAUUUCUUAUGAAUGCAUCUAAACUUGAAUUUCUAGACAUGUCUCAAAAUGAAUUAACGGGUUUCAUUCCAAGUUCUCUCGGUGAUCUAAGAUUGUUGAAGUGGCUGAAUCUAGGAUUCAACAAUUUGCAUAGCCCGACAUCACGAUUUGAUAAAGAGCUGAGUUUUAUUAGUUCCCUAACAAAAUGCAUGAAGUUAAGAGAAUUGUCCUUUAGUGGAAAUUAUCUAAAUGGAAUUCUUCCAUCUUCUAUGGGAAAUUUUUCAAGUGAACUUGAAACUCUUGAGUUGGAAGAUUGUGGGAUAAUGGGAACUAUACCCCCAGAAAUUGGAAAUUUGAGCAACAUAAUAUAUUUAGGUUUAGAUGAAAACAGUUUGGGAGGAUUUAUUCCUACAAGCAUGAAGAGGUUAUCAAUGGUUCAGAUAUUACGUCUUCCAGGCAACAAGUUGCAAGGAUCAAUUCCAACAGAGCUUUGCUAUCUCCCAAAUUUGGGCAAGUUAGAUUUGGAAAGUAAUAGACUUAAUGGAAAAAUUCCUGAUUGUCUUGGAAAUAUUACUUCAUUAAGGUACAUUUAUCUUAACUCAAACAACUUGACUUCCGCAAUACCUGUAAAUUUAUGGAAUCUCAAAGAUCUAUUGGAAUUGAAUUUGUCUUCCAACUCAAUAAAUGGUUCAUUGUCUUUUGAAAUUGGAAACUUGAAGUCCCUCAUCUUCAUGGAUCUAUCAGCAAAUCAAAUUAUGGGCAAUAUUCCUAGCACACUCGGAACGUUGCAGAUGCUACAAAAUCUUUCUUUGGCACACAAUCGUUUGCAAGGUUUGAUUCCAAAGUCACUUGGUAACAUGUUAAACUUAGAAGAAUUGGAUCUAUCACUUAACAAUUUACUUGGUGAGAUUCCAAAAUCAUUUGAAAAGCUUUUGUAUCUCAAGCAUUUCAAUGUUUCCUACAACAAGCUAAGUGGAGAAGUUCCUAAUGGAGGCCCUUUUGCAAACUUCACCCGCCAAUCUUUUAUGUCUAACCAAGCAUUAUGUGGGGCCCCUUGGUUUCAUCAGUGCACCACAACUCACCAUCAUCUUCAUAAAGUAAGGAGAAAAUACAUUUUUAUCAGUGUAUUUGUUUUUCUAUUAAUUUCAACUAUGGCAGUUGUUGUGAUUAUUGUAUUUGGAAGAAGAAAGAAGAGAACCAACAAAUCAUUAGAAAUUGAUCUGCCAUCACGGUGCAUCCACCAAAGGAUUUCAUACUAUGACUUGCAACGCAUGACAAAUGGUUUUAGUGAUAGCAACUUGCUUGGGAAAGGUAGCUUGAGUUCUGUUUACAAAGGAAUAUUGUCAAGUGAGACUUCUUGUGCUAUUAAGGUGUUUGACAUGGAAAUACAAGGUGCACUCAAGAGUUUUGAUGUAGAAUGUGAAGUAAUGCGUAACUUAAGACAUCGAAACUUUGUCCGAGUAAUCAGUAGUUGCUCAAAUCUAGACUUCAAGGCUUUGGUGCUCGAUUACAUGCCUAAUGGAAGUCUAGAUAAUUGGCUUCACUCAAAUGAAAAUUUCUUGGAUAUACGUCAAAGACUGGAUAUAAUGAUAGAUGUGGCAUCAGCAAUGGAGUAUCUUCACCAUGAUUAUUUUCUAAGUUCCUAG